AUGGCGGGGAGGUCAGGGGCACUAGAGAGGGAGAAGCUGAGUGUGAAGGAUGGAGUCACACACCCAGAGAGAAGGGAAGAGGGCUCAGGCAGUGGGAGCGACCUGUGCAAAGACCCGGAAGUGGGAAGGGCGCAGGAGGGCGGGAAGAAGACUCCAGUGGCUGGAGUGCUUAGAGCAGUGAGGACAGUGGGACUUGCCAAGUUGGCGGCGCCCGUCUGCUGUCAGGAGCUCCGGCCACUGGUGCUGUCCUGGAGCCGGGAGCUGCCGUGCGUCUGGCGCGCCCUGCACACCUCCGCGGUCUGCGCCAAGAACCGGGCGGCUCGAGUCCGAGUGGGCAAGGGGGACAAGCCAGUGACCUACGAGGAGGCGCACGUGCCGCACCACAUCGCCCAUCGCAAGGGCUGGCUGUCGCUGCACACGGGUAACCUGGCUGGGGAGGACCACGCUGCAGAGAGAACAGUGGAAGAUAUUUUCUUUCGUAAAUUUAUGCUGGGCACCUUCCCAGGCUGCCUGGCCGACAAGCUUGUUCUAAAGCGCCGGGCUAACCAGGUGGAGAUCUGUGCCCUGGUCCUGAGGCAGCUACCUGCACAUAAGUUCUACGUCCUUGUGGGCUACAGUGAGACUCUGCUGUCCCACUUUUACAAGUGUCCCGUGCAUCUGCACCUCCAAACUGUGCCCUCGAAGGUUGUGUAUAAGUAUAUCUAGGGCAACCAGCCUGUUUGCAUCAAACUGUAGCCUGCAAAGGACAGAAACUUGUGGAAAAGGACUGAAGUAGAAACAGGGGAAAUACAUCCCCUCAGACUACUGAAGCUUUGUCUUCAAAGUUGGCUGUU